ACCUGAGUAGUUCGAGAUCGAGUAUUUAUCGAUACUUGCUAUGAUCAUUUUAUUUUUUAGUGGGUCGAUCCAAACAUGAUAAUGACUCAAAAAAAAUCCUUAAUGAGUUCAUUAUUUUGUAAUUAGCUAACAACUAUAUGCAGCAUGAAUGAACUACUCAGCCUAAACAAUAAGCAUACUAUUUUUCUUCUUUUUCCACAUUGCUAUUUGCUACAGAAGCUAGUUAGUUACCAACUCCAACUUUAUGUUCCCUUUAUCUCAAGGUUGUCUUCAAAAUUCCCUCUAUAUAUACCUGCUGAACCGUCUGACUAUGCAGCAUAGCAAGCCUUAAAGCAAUCAUUAAUGGCUCAAUCUGUAAGCUUUCUCUUAGUUCUUACUACUCUCCUUGCCUUUGCUCCUUUUACCUUUGGUGGCCACCUCUACCCACAGUUCUAUGACCAUUCCUGCCCUAAAGCUCAACAGAUAGUCAAGUCUAUUGUAGCCAAGGCAGUAGCAAAAGAAGCUCGCAUGGCUGCCUCAUUACUUAGACUUCAUUUUCAUGACUGUUUUGUCAAGGGGUGUGAUGCAUCAUUGUUGUUAGACAGCAGUGGAAGCAUAGUCAGUGAGAAGAGGUCUAAUCCGAACCGAAACUCAGCUCGAGGAUUCGAAGUAAUUGAUGAGAUCAAAACUGCACUAGAGAAAGAGUGUCCUCAAACUGUAUCUUGUGCUGAUAUUCUGGCCUUGGCUGCUAGAGAUUCAACUGUUCUUACUGGAGGACCUAGCUGGAAGGUUCCGCUCGGAAGGAAGGACUCCAGAGGUGCAAGCCUGAGUGGUUCUAACAACAACAUUCCUGCUCCAAAUAACACAUUUCAAACCAUUCUUACCAAGUUCAAGCUUAAUGGCCUCAACGUCGUUGAUCUCGUAGCACUAUCCGGAAGUCACACAAUCGGAAAUUCUCGAUGCACCAGCUUCAGGCAGAGGCUGUACAACCAAUCAGGCAAUGGGCAACCUGACUACACACUGCAUCCAUCAUAUGCUGCACAAUUGCGCACCCGCUGCCCCAGAUCUGGAGGUGAUCAAAACCUGUUUGUCUUGGACUUUGUAAGUCCAACAAAGUUUGAUAAUAGCUAUUUUAAGGACAUAUUGGCUUCAAAGGGCCUGUUGAAUUCUGAUCAAGUUCUCCUUACAAAGAGUGAAGCAUCCAUGGACCUGGUCAAGAAAUAUGCUGAGAACAACGAACUCUUCUUUGAGCAGUUUGCUAAGUCGAUGAUUAAGAUGGGAAACGUCUCUCCAUUGACAGGUCCUAGGGGAGAGGUUAGGAAGAAUUGCAGGAAAAUUAAUACUUAAAUGACUACCUAGUUACUCAUCUAAAAUUAAUACAGUUGCAUUGUGUCUGAUUUCCUAUUCUGAAGAUAAAUUCUAGUUCUCCGUUUUGUUGUUAUUACCAGACAGCAUUCUCUGUUCUUACAGAGGUGCUAAUUCUAUAGUCCUGCAGUGUACGCAUGACAUUUCAAAUAUUUCUUUCCAUGAAAUAGCUGAAUGAUAUUUUCAUUUCAGUAUUCUACU